GUAAAUUUGUAAUUGUAAUUUAACUGUAACUUUUGAAGUGAGCGGAUGUGCGUUGCGGAAGAUUUUCUGUGAGCAAAGUGGGAGUGGGCAGCAAAGAAAGUGUGUGAAAAGAAAAUUACAAAAAAGUGCAGUGCUGGUGCUCUGUGUAUAUGUGUGUGUAAGAAAGAAAUAAAGAAAGAGAGAGACUGGGAUACCCGAUUGGAAAUAUUGACACUAGACAAAAGGGCAAGAAAACAUAAAUAGAGGGCGUAGAGAGAUAAAACGGCAAAAACAUGUCCACUGUAGAAUCAUCUAGUUCGGCGGUGCAACAGCCACCCUCGUCCACGUUGCCUAUGCUGGGCGAUAUGCAAAUGCAAAUGCAGGCAUCCACCUCAUCGGCUUCCACGUCAGUGGGUGUGCCAUUAGAUACGCAAAGCAGCGGCGAACCGCCAGCUAAAAAACAAAUGCUUGAUCCAAAUGCAGCUUCCUCCUCCUCCUCGUCAUCCAGUUCUAUGUCAGGUGGCGCUGGCUCAGCUGGAGCUGCAUGUGGUAGUGAGAAGUUAGCCUAUCGUAUUUCAACGGCGCUCUGCUGUGCCGUCUGCUUGGAUUUGCCCAAAACGGCCAUGUACCAGUGCCAAAUGGGACAUCUGAUGUGUGCAGCUUGCUUUACCCAUCUACUGGCGGAUGGACGCCUGCGUGAUCAGAUUGCUACUUGCCCCAAUUGUCGCGUGGAAAUUUCAAAGAGCACCGCUUCACGUAAUCUGGCUGUAGAGAAGGCAGCCUCGGAGCUGCCUAGUGAAUGCCAGUUCUGUAACAAAGAAUUUCCCUAUAAAUCGCUGGAGCGUCAUGAGCAGCACGAAUGCCAGGAGCGUCCCACCAAAUGCAAAUACCAUCGCAUUGGCUGCCUCUGGCGUGGACCGCAUCAUGAGACUACCGAACAUGAGCGCAAUUGUCUGCAUCCGCAAAAGUCGGGCUAUGAGGUGAUGGCAGCGCUGGAAGCACAUGACCUUAAAAUCAAAGAGGAAAAGAAAAUGUUCAGCACCUUGAUUGAUCUGCUGAGCUAUGAGAAAAUUAUAUUCAAUGAUUUACAAAUGAAACCCUAUCGCACGGAUGAGUAUGUCCACAAGCUGUUCUAUGAGACGGCUCGCUUUUCGGCCUUCAACCAGCAGUGGGUGGUCAAGGCGCGCAUUAACAACAGCGCACGUGAUCCACACCAGUCGAACGAGCGCACCAUUACCUAUCAGCUGAUAUUGAAAACCAAAACCAGCACACCCAUGAGCAUACAUUUCUUUGCGCUGAAAGGUCCCUUCUCUGAUAUGAAGGUUACUACGCAAAUAUACAAACAUGAAUUCACAGAAACUAGCACUGAAAGUGAUUACUAUGUGCUGCCAUUGCCAGAUGGCAAUGGAUCUAGUUCCAGCGAAUGCAAUCGUAUGCUGGCCAAUAAGGGCAUCAACUUUCGUUUGCUCAUGUUUCUGCUAAACAAGUGAGAAUUAUGUUAAAUUUAUGCAUAGUACAGAAUUUUUGAAAGUUAGCUUAAGUUUGUUGUUUCUAACUCGUAAAUGUGCAAAAAAUUAGACAUAGCU